AAUAUACGGUGUAAUACUGUAAUGAGUCCGCUAGCAUCUCUAGACGACUAUGGAUUUCUAGAAAUUUCUCCGCCUGUCGAGGGAAGAGAUAUGAUAGUUGAAACGGAUGUAAAGUGCACAUAUCAACCUAUUCAGAAUGACAAGUCCUUCAUUUUGGGGCCAGCUUCACAGCUUGAGUUCAACCGACCCACGCUUAUACCCUAUGAUCAGUUUGUUGUCCAAUGUCGUGAUGGUUCGUCUUCUCAAGAUGUCAUCUAUGAGAGGGCCUUUGUUAAUAUACCACUGCCAACGGAAAUGCUUUUAGGGGCCACCAAAGGAGCCAAAGUUUGUCAAAAGCAAUUGGGUAAGGAGUUAAGCUUUAUCUUUGAGAAAGUGCAACACGGAACGAUUGAAAUACCACAAACUGGUUCCUUAAUGUGCGCAGCUGCAUGUAUGGUUGUUGAGAUUUAUGCCCUUUGUAGGAAUAUCCUUCGCUGGCUCUAUUGGUAUUCGAUUCUGUGUCCUUGA